AUGAUCGCAAUGCUGCUGCUGAUCAUAGAGCUCGUGUUUGGUACAUGGCGAUUCAGUACUGCCACAUGUACUUCAUACCUUGUGCUGGAUUCUAUGAACAAAUUUGUCGCUCCAAUCAUCGUGUUUCUGAUCAGCAGAACCUGCUACACCACCGUUUGCCUUGACAAAGCCAGGGGAGAGCGAGCUGCCACUCUGAAGUAUGCUGCUCUUCAAGUAGUAAUCGCUCUCGGCUGUGUGAUGGUACUUCUUUGGCCAGUCUUUGCGUAUUCUCAGGUUUUCACUUUUUACAUGAAUCCCAACAACGUGACAAACGAGGUGACGGUGAUUCGCAAAUGUGGAUUUCUCCCGCCACCAGGUGAUUCUCACGAGAAUUUUCAUCCAAUAGAAAUUCUGUGA